AUGAAGUCUAUACAACAAAUAUUUUUGGCCUUUUUAAUUUGUCUGGUCGUUUUAUCAUCGACAACACACUUUGCCGUAGCUGUUGAUGAAGCCAAUGAAAUUAAAUUGCAGGAUUUAUUGGUGCAACAGCAUUUGGAGCUUUGCUCUUACAUGGAAAAUAAUGAAUUGGCUCAAGCGAUUUGUGGUGCCCUGUGUAAUGCAAUGAAAUACGAUGAUGGUUACUGCAACCAAAAAUCUGAGUGUUUGUGUCGAAAUGCCAGUUCAGCAUCUAGUUCAGAUUCUAGUUCAGAUUCUAGUUCAGUUUCUAGUUCAGAUUCUAGUUCAGCAUCUAGUUCAGCAUCUAGUUCGGAUUCUAGUUCAGAUUCUAGUUCAGAUUCUAGUUCAGAUUCUAGUUCAGAUUCUAGUUCAAAUUUUAGUUCAAAUUCAAGUUCAGAUUCAAGUUCAGAUUCAAGUUCAGAUUCUAGUUCAGAUUCUAGUUCAGAUUCUAGUUCUGAUUCUAGUUCAGCAUCUAGUUCAGCAUCUAGUUCAGAUUCUAGUUCUGAUUCUAGUUCAGAUUCUAGUUCAGAUUCUAAUUCAGAUUCUAGUUCAGCAUCUAGUUCAGCAUCUAGUUCAGAUUCUAGUUCAGAUUCUAGUUCAGAUUCUAGUUCAGAUUCAAGUUCAGAUUCUAGUUCAGAUUCUAGUUCAGAUUCUAAUUCAGAUUCUAGUUCAGAUUCUAGUUCAGCAUCUAGUUCAGAUUCUAGUUCAGAUUCUAGUUCAGAUUCUAGUUCAGAUUCCAGUUCAGAUUCAAGUUCAGAUUCUAGUUCAGAUUCUAGUUCAGAUUCUAGUUCAAAUUCAAGUUCAGAUUCUAGUUCAGAUUCUAGUUCAGAUUCUAGUUCAGAUUCUAAUUCAGAUUCUAGUUCAGCAUCUAGUUCAGCAUCUAGUUCAGAUUCUAGUUCGGAUUCUAAUUCAGAUUCUAGUUCAGAUUCUAGUUCAGAUUCUAGUUCAGAUUCUAGUUCAGAUUCUAGUUCAGAUUCUAGUUCAAAUUCAAGUUCAGAUUCAAGUUCAGAUUCAAGUUCAGAUUCUAGUUCAGAUUCUAGUUCAGCAUAUAGUUCAGCAUCUAGUUCAGAUUCUAGUUCUGAUUCUAGUUCUGAUUCUAGUUCAGCAUCUAGUUCAGAUUCUAGUUCAGAUUCUAGUUCAGUUUCUAGU